AAGCCCCAAACUCCUGUGCCCUGCACAUACAAUAGUGGAUGAUUAGAUCUAUUUAGUCUGUCUCUCAUCUCUGAUUUUAUUGAUUCUGAGUUCCUAUAACUAGAUCUCAGUUUAAUCAUAAUAUUAUAUGAGCCAACACAACACACCCAGCUAUGCCGAGGAAAACGCCAAGAAAGAAAACUGCAAACGAAAGGCGUGGGAGCAUAAGUCAGGCUUGUAGUUACCAGAUGGCUACAUCUACUGCAACCAAGGCAGUUCAGAAGAGGAAAGGUCAGGCAGUUCAGAAGAGGAAAGGUCAGGCAGUUUACAUGGCAAAUCCUUCACCAUCAAAUUCUGCUGCAUCAGAGAAGCAAGCUGAUCAGUUAAGCAAGCAAAUUUCUCAAGACAUACCAAUGCCUGUUGCUCUUGAAAAAAACAAACGACUACAAGAUGCGUUGGAGAGUGGAGAUGUUGCAGGAGUAAUUGCUUUAUUUAGUCCAAUGAAUAAAUGGAUUAUUGAUCUCAGGUUAUGGAACUCAACGCAAAAAAUAAAACUGACUCAAUGGAGAAAAGCAGAACUCCAACAGGAUUCAGGUCUAGGUUCAAGUCCAGAUCCAUCUCUACCUGAAUAUGAGGAGCAAGUACUACGGAAAAAGGUAAUUUUCCUGGAAACUUGCUUGGCUGGGUAUAACACAAAGCUUCCAUCAUCUCCAAAGCAACCACCUGUUUUGUCACCUAGUACUUCUUAUAAUGAUCGCUUUCAUUUUUUGAGACCUGAUGAUUUGAUUAUUGGAGACUCUGGUGAUGAUAUUGAUGUGUUCAACUUGGACAAAGGAAUUGCAGCAGAUGGUCCACUCUUAGAAUUCCGUGAUCUGUUUCACCAGCUCUUGGAGUAUCGAUAUGGGCAUUUGUCUGAGAAUCAACUUUUUGGUAAUCUGAAUCAAUCCCAAGACGAUAUUGAAAGCAAAGAAGAUGGUGAUGAUACAGCUAUGCGGGUUAUCUUGCUAGAUGACUUUGAAAUUAUUGGGAAAUGUUCGAGUGAGCAAACAUUUCUAGACUUUUUCUCGGCACACUUUGAAUCUUCUCCAAAAGAACUUGUCGGUCAAUUCCUCAGAUCUUUAUCAGAAUUAUUCAAGGAAAAGAAGGAUAUAUUUGACACAGAUGAUUUUCACAGGGUGGUCAUUGAUUGCGUAACAGCAUUCUGCUUGUAUCUCAUUGAUUCUCGUGUCAGAGUGAUGGAAGUGUUGGAGCAAAUCGAAACAGAUGUACACCAAGCUACAAUUUCAUAUAGCUUCCUUCAAAAGCAACUGGAAGAAAACCAACAGCAAAAAAUUGAAGAUUUUAUCGAACGGAUACAAGAUCUCAAUAAACAAUACAAAAAGUGUAACGGAGAGUCAAGCAAAUACACAAGUGAGAAAAAUCAGCUUUACCAAUCACAGAUUUCAUUAUACCGAACAAUAGUGUCAUUCAUCGAUCCAGAAUUGAUCUCACUAGAUACUAGAAUACAAGUGGACGAGUGUCUUAACUCAAACAAAAGCCACUAUUCAUACUUGCAAGAGUAUCUAAACCAUUUAUGUGCGCUGCUUUCGCCCAUGCUACAGCGCUACACUACUUCUUAUGAGCAUGAGGAUGACUAUCGAAUCUUCAACGUGAAAUUUGUAGCUGGAAGUUUUGCAGGAGCAAAUGCAUCCCUUAAAGAAUGGCUGGAAAAAAACUCAAUGGGACUAAAACCAGGAGAUCAUCUUAGAUUUUUUGCUGACUCAGUCGUAUAUGCUGAUGCCAACAUAACACUUCCAGGGAUUAGUUUUGCUUGUAUUUCACCGAAAACUUCUUCCACAGACAAGGAUGGCGUCAGUAUCAACACUGAUGGACUGUCUAUAUUAGAUAAUGAUUUCCCAGACACUGCCUUAUCUGGGGAGGCUGGUAACCAGUACAGUAACCACGACGGAAAGCCAGGUAUUGAUGGGAACAAUGGUCGCUAUGGAAACCCUGGUGGUCACAUCUUGUUGGUUAGUGGCAGCUUAUGCCGCGAUGAUUGGAAUCUUUCCGCCAAUGGAAGUCGAGGGGAGAAUGGUCAAAAUGGAGGCAAUGGCGGAACUGGUUGGUCCCCCUCCUCUGAAGGACGUGACGGGUAUGAUCCCAAAUUUGAAAGUGGCUGGGGCUAUUAUUCCUGUAAAUCUAGAGUUAUUAUUAACUAUGGAACGUUUGGUGAAAACGGAGGCCAAGGGGGUGAUGCUGGAAUGGGUGGAGCUCCUGGAAAAUCAGGAAUCAGCGGUAAAAUUCAAUUAAUUGAUCUUGAAAACAAUGAAAAUUGUCAAGAAAGUCGAGAGAAAAUCGAAGAUGGAAUGUCAGGCAUUCCAGGCCUGUCGGGUAAAGGUGGAAAGCAUACAAGACAUGGCAAAGACAACGGAGCGUAUGCAAAACAUGCUGGUUUCUGGGGUACGUGGGGGAAUUUCUUCAGCGGAAAAGAUUGCAGGAAAACAACAACUAUCGUGGGAGAAUUAACACACUCCGCUAUUCCGAAACUUCGUGGGUCUGGAGCAUGUUACGAGGAGGAUGGAACUUCACUACCAUAUGCAGAGAAGGCUGGAAGUCACCCUGAUUUUAGUAGUAGUGGGAGAGGGAAGAAUAAAGACGGGAGAAAAUGUCAAGUUAAAGUGAAUCACGCUGUAGCUAACGAAAACAAAGCGAUUGAUAAGUGUGCUUGCUUCCAUUCUAUGCAGGAACAGUGUCGACAAUCUCUGCAACAUUGGAAUGCUAAAUCUCAUGCCAGUUUCAUGAGUGCAUUCGCAAAAAAAAUCGGAGAACCCGUGGAAGAAAAUUUCACCGUCAUAAAACACAGUGAGAUGAUAAGAAAUAACAGUGAAGCUUGGAUCACUCGCAUUCACAGUCAAUCUGCAUCUCUACAGAGGAGUAUGCAACAGCAAACUACAACAGAAAGGCGACGAGAACGAGCUCAACUAAUGAAAGAUGUGGAGGAAAGAAGCCACUAUAAAACAUUGGGUUAUCUUGGUGCAAAAACGGACAGCCCAAAAGCGAUUCUUGAUCUGUCUUCACUAAAGACCUGUGCAGGAAAGUAUUUAAGCCUCCUAUCUGUGGAGGUACUUUUGUCUGGCGACAGCAGUGACAUUGUUGUAAACGAGAUAAUGUUGAAAAUAUCAGAAAGAGAAAUUUUCAUUUCAAAUGGACCCCCCAGCUUGAUGAGAACACACAAAGCUACUGAUUACUUUCGUAUUCUCAAACAAGGUAGUGACCGAUAUCAGUAUUACCAUGUUGGCUCUUAUUCAGGACGAUCAAUCCACGAUAAGUCACUACUGGCCUUAUUGAACGAUGUUGAGGUUGAAAAUAACCAAAUUCAAGCAAUUCCACGUGAUAAUAUGCUCUACUCUCAAAUGGCGACUUGGAUACGAACCAACUAUGGACCUAAGUCUGUUCCAUGCUGCAAAGAACAACUAUGCUGUAUUUGGAAACUGAAACUGUUAAUUGCAAUCAGAAAGACGUAUUUGGUGGUUGGUGGAAAGUAUUAUCAAACUCAACAAUUUCAGUAUGUUCAGAAGUUCUAUGCUCAAUGUGUUAACGAUGUUAUCACGGCUACAUCUUGUGACGAACUUAGUACCAUCCAAAAAAUCUUACUUGGCGAAAAUCUACUCAUUUUGCCUUUGGAUGCUUCUUGGAUUAGCACAAGGCCAUUCUGCAAUGCAGCAUCAUUGAAGGUGAAACAAGCCAUCGAUAAUUUCAACAAAAUCCCAUCCUCCAAGAAAUUCUUCAAACUGUUGUCAAGUAUUCAUUUAUAUCACCUAAAACGCUUCACCGAAUCACAUGAUAGCUACAUUGAGCAUCUUAGCUCAGAAACAGUAGUGGAUGGGCUUAGGGCAUUCUAUGUACAGGUUUGCGACAUACUUCGAAUGCUUUGUGAUGAUAAGCAAAUUAGAGAGGGUUCUGAGAAGGUACCUUGUGUGGCAGCGAGUCAAUCUCUAAUCGAAAAAAUCCACCCAUUACCAAUCAACUGUCAGCACAAUCAAAAGGCAUUCACUGAUUUGUUAGCUAAAUUAAAAACUAUGCCCUCUCCCGUGUAUACUAUAAUCAGCACAAUGUUUGUAAAUCUAGCUCAAUAUUUCCAGAGCACCACUGGCAUACAAGUGCCUGAUUUACAGUCACAGAUUUCAGUACCUGGUGUUCGGUUUGAAGAUGCUUAUGCAGCAUUUCAGGCAUUUCCUAGUGCACCUACACUGACAGCAGCAAUGUCUGUGUGUGCCACCAGCUCAAAAAGGAUUGUAUCAAAGUUUCCAGAUGAAAUUCUCAAUCUUUUGUCUUGGUUGUUUAAUGCUCUACAACGCUAUUUCCACUCCUUUGAAGCCGAUACCAAUAUUAAUGACUUUUUUCAGCGAGUAAAUGAAGACGGUUUGAACAUAACAGCUCUAGAAAAAAUUGUAUCUCUUAUUGAUAAAACGUCACAGGGAAAUUACUCCUUGAACACGACAGUCAAGAGCUUUUUACAGAUCCUCAGAAGUAUUAUAGACCAAACUUGUCCCGAUGACAUUGAAAAGUGUGAUCAUUCACUCUUACAGAUGGAUGUUUCAAUGUCUGUUUUGAACUUGGAGCUUUUCUGCGUGCAGCUGAAAAAGGAGCGAAGCACAUGCACAACAGAUUCCAUCCGAACAAGAGCAGACAAUUUCAGAAACGUUUUCAGGGUACUAGGUCACUACCCCCUCUCACAGCCAUCACCUCUUCUAAAGUAUUGGGUGUUGUGUAUUCAAAAGCGACUGCAAACAAUCUCUGACGAAAAAGGUAGAGCAAUCGCUACCAGUGAAGUAUUGGUAGAAUUGUCCUGUACACUCAAGCAAGGUGUUUCACAGUUACAGUUAAUGCAAAAGUUACUAGACAUCAAAGAAUUGGUUUGUACUUCAACGAACCUUGAAUAUUUUUCUUUGUUGUACAAUCUGGAGAGAACAGAAAUGUGCAAGCAGUUUCUACUUCAUAAGCUGUCACUUAGCGAUCGAUUUGAGCCGUCUUCUUGCCUGAGUACUUUAGUAAAGUGGAUCUACCCUGAUUUAAGUAUUCAAACAGAACGAAAAGUUCAUGUUGUACUCGAGAGACUUCCACCACAACACAAGGUUGUUUUCCAAACACAGGAACCUAAUGAGGAGGAUAAUAUCGAUUGCCACACGUUAGUUCUCUACCCAAGCAGUGGUCAGUGGGAGUCCUGUACAUUGUCAAUCAAUCAGCCACAUUCGUUACAAUACAGAGAGGUGUCUGAUGACACCAUUGCAAAUGCUCUCAGAAGAAAUAUGACAGAAUUACUUGAGAAAGAAGGAGAGCAAAUAAUUUUGAACCAGGAAGAAGCUGCUUGUCUUCUUGGAAGACUUGGAUAUGAAAACGAGUUUCACACCCACUUUAAAGUUGACUUUUGUGGCCAAGUUCUAGUAGAUGAACAUAGCGCGAAUGUAUGCAUUGAAUGUAUCGAUUUACGAACAUGCUUGUGUGAACAGAUUUGUAUAGAAGAUGUCAAAAAUAAAUUAAUGGAUGAACACUUAAAGGACAAAGUCGUUAUAAUUCAAUGUUUAUGUAGGGACAAAGCUCUAGAAAUAGUGAAAACACUUGAAGUUCUUGAACUUACUGAAGAUGAUAUCUCACAGAUACAAUCUUCUGUUGCUGCUUGCGUUAUCAAGCACCCCUCAAAGCCAGCUAUUGUGUACAAUAUUGAAAAAUGUGAAUCUAUAGUGGAUACUGAGUUUACCUACUCGCUACCACUGGUAACCAAUACAAACGAGAAUCCUAUUAAAAAUCUUCUAUUGGUUUCUAACCUACUGAAUAAGUAUGAUCAGCUAUAUCAAGCGUCAUUGCCAACUUCUCAGCUUAACACAGCACUCAAAGCUGCCAUACAAGAUUCUCCCACUGUCCUUUAUGACAAAGAUGUGCCAAAGCUAGUGAGAUUGAUUCGUCAACAGUUUGUUAAAGAGUGUGUUAACUCACUUCCUUGUGACCUGCAAUGUUUUCAGAUGAUGAAACAACUAUUAGAGGAGAUUUUGUUGCCAGCCUGUGAAAGCAUAGUUGUUGAAGAUGUCUAUUUGUUGGGAAUGGAAUCGUACUUACAGUUUCUGCUGAUUGAGGGUAGAAAGAGGAAACACAAGGGUCAUGUGAACAUAGAUGACACUUACUUGCAACUUUGGGAGAAUGUUUUGAAGGUGGAUAAUUUCUCAGUUCACACUGCAAAGUGCCUUUGUUCAGCAUUUGCAUACCUUCGUGAGUCUGAAAAUGUCAACAAUUACUUAACGUUUGAGAGUGCUCACCCUCGGUUUCAAAUGUAUAGCAAUAUAUCGGAAGGAUUAAAAAUCAUUAUCGAGAAAAGUCCAAACUUAAACAAACCACUUAGCUCUGAAACAGAACAAUUGUUAAAUAGAAUCCCAAACUUCACUAAAUACCACAGAAUUGAAGUGUUCCUGGAAGUGAUAAAAGAUAUGGAAGAAGAUGAACAAAAUCUUUAUACACUAAUGAGCAUGAUUCGUUCAAUAGAAGAUCUACAUGAAGAAUUUUUGAAAAUUGAAUGUGUUGUCAAUUGCAGUCUUUCAAACGAAUCAUGUCUGGAGAAUAUACUGUAUUCUCCUGAGUUUUACUCACACGUCUCAAUAAUCCUACUCUCAUGGGUUAGUAAAAGGCUGCACGAAAUUAUUGAAUUCUUUCAAGUAAUUCUCUCUGACAAAUUCUUCAGACACGACUCACGGAGAGAGUUAGUCCUGCAUGCCUUUUGCUCAUGCUUAGUAAGCAAAUCAGAAACAGCGUUCCAACAAUAUGCCUGGGAGACCAUCCAUGAUUUGCUUUUAAUAGGUGCUGUGCUCACAAAAUUGUUGCAAGCUGAGCUCUUAGAAAAUUUGCCAUUGACAAAUCAAAGUGAUUGUACUGAUCUACUGUCAAACUUGCUUACCAUCAUCCAAGUUAUUAAAGUUACUCCAGAUCUAUUGCCAGUAGUCUCUAUUCUACGGCAAGUUCCCAGCGGCCAAUGGCUCUCAAACUUGCUUGCAUUCAACUUUGUACGAGUCUGCACUGAUCAUUUUAAGUCAAACUGCAUUUACCUUCACGACAAGUUGAUGUGUAUUGAUACCAAGCUUUUGCAAAUUCUAUACAAUGUCUUCACAAAUGAUCAGUAUCAUAAAGCUGAUCCAAACUCGACAGUUGGUAUACUUACCCUUGCUCAGCUUAUCACUAUUAUAGAAUGGCUACCUUUUGUUGAAGUGUGUUCGGAAGUCUCCACUUCGUUAUGUAAUACUUCAAUGCCACUUUGGGAGAAAGAACUAGCGGUGAUACAUUUCAAGCAAUAUAUUGAUCACUGGGCUGACAUCACAAAAGCUGAUAAACAAAAAACAAUGUACUUGAUGAAUCGAGUUCGGCUUGAAGCUGGUAUACCUCACUUAGAACUUAUGUCUCUCUUGUACACUAUGAGAAGCAAGUAUAUCAGCAGUGGUGCUAAAGAUAACGGGUUUUUGAUGACUUUAUUUGAAGAUUUGUAUUACAAGAGAGUUACUCUGCAGGAGAUUAGCUCUAUCAUCGUAGAUUGUGACUAUCUUGAUUGGUUACCUGCGCUGAGGGAAAUAGAAAGUAACAAGCGAAGUAGUAAGCCACAUAGAGUUAGUGAGAUAAUCGACCUCAUUGAAUAUCAAAUGAAAAGUGGUGAUUUUGCCAUCAGCCCUCGUGAGCUAGAGCAAUUCAAAGGAGAAGCAGUGGAAACCAUUGACUGUAUUGAACAUUGUUCUAAGCAACCCUUGCCUAGUAAGCAACAACUGAGAGAUUUUUUUAAAACGCUUCAGAAAUGUAUUUCUGUUGAUGAGAAAGAUGAAUGGCUUAAGAAACACCGCGUGCAGUUUGUUGUACACAUAGUACUAGCUUGGAUGUUAGCUACAUCGACAACUUCAAUACAAGUACCCUACAACACACAAAUUGUGUCUCUUUUGCUCUUUUUGCAAACAAGCAACAAAGGCCUCCUUCAACAGGUUAAGACAGGGGAAGGGAAGACACUGAUUGUUGGAAUGCUUGCAGCUGCUAAAGCCUUGCUUGGUUGUAAGGUUGAUGUUGUGUCGAGCAAUAGAGAUCUGGCUAAAGAUGGAAGAGAUAAGUGCGAGAAAUUCUUCGAUAUUCUUGGACUUGUGGCAGCUGUUAACUGUGGAGAGGAUGAUGACACCAAUCAACAGGCUUACAAUUCACACAUAGUGUAUGGUGAGGUUGGUUCAUUCCAAAGGGAUGUUCUAACUGAAGAAAACAAUCCAGGUGGUACGAACUUCAGUGCUCGCUAUUUGAAUUCCGAAAGAAAUUGUCUGCUCGUAGAUGAAGUUGAUAGCAUGUUCCUUGAUAAAGGUCGGCACAUGCUGUAUCUGUCUCACGAGAGCCCAGCUUUGAAACACUUAGAAUCUCUCUUCGUAACAAUUUGGUGUUCGAUUCUAAACCUUAACCCACAAAGUGAGAACAGAGAUACUUCCUUUGAAACAAUCUUGAAUGAGCUAGCAGAUCAUUUAAUUGCUUUGAUUGAGAACGAAACAAUCUCUGUCCCCGAGUACUUGAAGGGAUUCUGUCGGCACAAAAUGAAAGCGUGGGUUCGAAGUGCAUACCAAGCCCGGCUUAUGGACGCAAACGAUCAAUUUAUCCUCGAUCACAAACGAGAAGAGCAAUCUGAUAGCAGGCACAUUUUCCCCAUCGAUAAACAAACAGGCACUGAGCAGUACAAUAUGAAAUGGAGUAACGGUUUGUCACAGUUUCUUGAGCUCAAGUAUCGGCUCCCUCUUUCAACUGAGAGUCUAAAAGCUGUUUUCAUCUCAAACAAGAGGUUCUUCAAAAAAUAUAACGAGCAACUCUAUGGUCUGACCGGCACCCUUGGUUCUGUUUCAUCACGUAGGUUGCUUGAAACUGUUUACACAAUCAGAACAGUGGAGCUUCCAACUAACCGAGUCAAGAGAUACUCACAAGCCAAGUCUCAUUGUGCCUCAAAUGAGGAAGAGUGGUUUAAACAAAUACAAACCGAGAUAUCUUCUAAGACUGCAAGCCAACCUAUAUUGGUCAUUUGUGAGAACAUUCGUCAGCUACAGCUGUUGAAAAACUACCUACUAACUCAUGCUGUAGUUGCUGAAGAGCAUAUCAUCGAUUAUGCCCGCGAUGGCGAUGAUAUUGAAAAUGUAUUCAAACAAGGUGGUGCUCAACCUGGACAAGUUGUAUUGGCCACUAAUAAGGGAGGACGUGGAACAGACAUCAUUAUCAAAGAAGAACAAGUUCCUAAAGGUUUGCAUGUGAUACUAAGUUUCCUGCCCGAGAAUACAAGAAUAGAAGAGCAAGCAUUUGGGAGAGCUGCUCGUGCCGGACAAGCUGGAAGUGGCUGUUUAGUUGUUCCAAUUGAUUACAGAGAGUAUCAAGAUGAAAUUGAAACUUUUGGCUCUCUUGAAACUGCAACUGAAGUAAUAGUAGAAAUGGAGAAGAUCAAAAGAGACCAAGCAGAGACUGAUCGACUUGGUGUACUGUUAAGUGAAGGCUUGCCCAAACUUGAUCUCGAAGAGAAAAUGUACUUACUAUUCCAGGAAUAUAGAAAAGCAUUUGCUUCAGCUGUAAACGUUAGCAGUGCUAAAUUGUUUAAUAUUGCGAUUAUGAAGCUUGAAGAGUGCAAAAGAGCUUGUAUUACAAUCGUAACUGAUCGCUGGGCUUAUUGGUUAGACUCAAUGCGCACACAAAUUCAAGCUGCAGAUACCCAAGACAAAAGACAGCAAGUUCAAGAUCUCUUUAACAAAGAGUUUCGUUAUGAAGAGCUGUCAGUUCCUUCAACAGCUUCUGACUCACCAUUUUUCACAAUACCAGAAGACUACAUCCAACUAGGCCAAGCUUUUCUCAAAGAGAUCCAAAAGCCUGAAAAGAGAUCUUUCAAGAACAAUAAAAAGGAAAUGUACUCAGCUGCUCAAACCUGUUUUGAAAGAGCGAUACUUAAAGGUGAUAUAACAGGACUUCCUGCAAUGGCAGCUUGCUAUUGCUUCGUUAAACUUAACCAUAAAGCAACAGUUGAAAAUAAAAAAAGGGUUUGCCACUUUUUGAAAAUUGCACGAUCUCAUCUGAAUGAGUUGCGUAGAAGUUGGAUGUCUAAUGGAGAAAUCGGUCGCUUGUUAUCCGAUCUUCUUGAUGUUAGCCAACAUGUUGACUGCAGUGAAAACCGUUAUUUACAGCAAACAGAAGAAAAGAUCAAAGUUAUUGGAUUGCACUUAAACAUCAUUGAGACACUGUUGGGAGGCACUGUUGAUGAGUCUUCAUUUGUUAAAGAAUCUACUUUAACUAGUGAGAAUAUAACUGAAAAGCAGUCAGGGGAAAUCUAUGGCAAGUUGGUUGCACACGGAUUUAUAUACCACCAUAAAGUAAGGAAGUGCUGGAAAAAAGGGGAUAAACUAAAGCAUCUUCUUAACAAAGAGGUUGAUCCUCACAUUGCAGACCAUUUAAUGAGUCUUGUCCCCACAAGUACCAGUAUCAUCGAAAGUGAUAUCUCAAAGUUUAUUUUCAGCAGUGAAGAUCUUUGGAGUGUUCUUAGCCCGCUAAUGGGGCAGACUGAAGAGGUUGUAGUUAUCGAAGUUAAACAAGUAGAGGCAAAACUGACUAGUGAUGAACACAACGAGAACUGGAAAAAGUUUGUAAAUCAGUUCAAAUCUCAGGAAACUGAUUGUCAAAUCGUACUACCAUCUCAUGAUCCCACCCUGCAGAAACAGGAAUACAUAAAUCUAAUUUCACACUUGAAGGAUAACUGCCUUGUUGUUGAAACUAGGAGAGGUUUACUCAUUGAAACAGCUUGCGAGUGUAUACUUACUCUAGAACUGGGUGUCUAUAAAGAUAUUGAAAUCUCCAGGGAUGGUGGUCACCUUAAGUUACGUGCAUUCUUGGCAGAAGUGUUAAAGCACUGCUGUGAGAAUGAAAGUCGUUAUCUCUACGAACACAUGCUACCUUAUGGGAAGAAAUCACUGGAAGCGAAAAAAAUUCAUGUGUUUCUUCAGGAAUAUGGAAUCUUAAAGUCUGGCCAACUGGCUGUUACAACCAAAUAUGGCAUCAAGGAUGAAGAAUUGAGGUCACUGGCAGAGAAAGCAUUAGGUAAAGAAUACACCGAGGCACAGACUAGUUUCAUCCUAAACGUCCUGCAAGGCUUACAAGGUGAAGUCUGUAAAUUUGAACGAGACAUGAAAGUUAGUUUUGUUGAUUUCAGUGAACUUGAUCCUCGCCCUGAUGAAAUUCCUCAAGCACUAGAGUUCUUCACCACAUGGCAUAUGGAUAACUUUUUAACAGUGGAACAAGCUGACAAAGGAUGGUGCUGGGAUUGGAACGCUUUUGCAUGCGCCAUGAUUGGUCUUGCUCAAGUCAUAGCUGGGGCAGCUCUAGUCGUAUUCACAGCCGGAGUAGGUGCUUCAAUAGGGGCUGGACUGAUUGCCGAAGGAAUAAAUGACAUGAUGUACGCUACUAUGGCAGGCCUAACUGGGACAUUUAGUUGGAAAGACUGGGCAAUACAGAAAGCUAUUAGCAUUGCCAUCACUGUAGCAACUGCUGGCAUUGGUUUUUUGGCAUCUGGUGGCAGUACAGCUGCUAAACUUGGCUCACCUUCUACACUGGCAGCAUUUGGUAAAGUCAUGGCUAAAGCUGCUGGCCAGUUUGCUGUGAGUGCUGUGACAGGAAUAAUUUCAGACAUAGUUUUGGCUGAAGCACAACAGCAAAUAGUUGCUGGUGUUGUGGAAUUCAUUCAGAAGAACAUAUUAUCAAAGAUGAGAGAUGAAUUACACAAACGGGUAACCAGAUUGUACGAUGUAGCCGAUACUGAUGAUGCUUUCCAUGAAAAGUGUCAAGAUAUCCAAAAGCAUUUAGUAAAAGCUCUACAACAACUUUUACCAGAUCAUGUUGAUCGGAUUGUAUCCGAAAUAAGCACUUGCUUGAGUAACAGCUUUGAUACACUAGCUGCUAACUUAAGCAGAUCUAACUCCAAAUGGGCCAAAGUGGCCGGAAAUGCUGCAAAAGCUGUUCGAAUAGCAAAAAUAAUAUACUCCGCAGUGAAAAAAGUUGUGAAAGUGGGUCACCUAGUGUCAGCUGUGGUUAAAGUACUAGAUUGCAAAUCCAAUAAAACCCAAGACACUGCUGAGCACUCUGGCCAAAGAAGGCACUCUAACAGUGAAAGACAGAAAGGCUCUCGGAGUGGCAGUGGAAGGCCCAAUCACCUGGUUGGUAGAAAUAAUACGCCUACUGUAUUGCAAGAUUGUCCGGAGCCUUUAAACACCACUGAUCGGAACGUAUUGCCUGCCAGAGAAAGUUUAAUUGAAAGUGAAUUAGCUGAUAUUGAACGAGCCUAUAUAGAGCCAAUAGAAAAGAAAUUGCAAUCUACACUGAAUAAAGGUGUCGAAAAAGUUGUCAAAAAAGGUGUCAAAACAGUUGGAAAGGCUUCAAAGAAGGCUGUCUCAAAGUGUGUAAAAAAGACAUUUGGUAAGUCUCCAUCUCAAGUUGUGAAAAACCUUAGUCAAAACAAUAUUCGCCCGGAGCUAGCAGAUGUGACUGUACCAGCUACACUUUCCCAACAACAGCCUCUUCCUGCAGAAGAAGAUGAAAUCCUCAAAGACCAUCAAAAACAAAGAGAUACAUUUAAAGAAAGUAUUUGUGACCCCUCAAACCACCAAACUGUCAUGAUGCAAGCCCCAGCUCAACCAGUGACAAGUUCACAUGGUUCUAUUGGUAGCAAUGAAAAUGGCCAACAGGCAGCGCCUCACCAGAGCCAUCGUACUGGGGGAAAUCCUGGCAAUUCUGCUGAUCAACGUGUUCGCCUACUGGGGGGAAAUCCUGGGGGGGAAAAUCCUGGCAAUUCUGCUGGUCAAGGUGUUAAGAAAAGAUCCAGAAAAAAGGCUCAUGAUAUGUUACCAGAAACUUACGACGAAUAUCAGGAAGACAAUAUACUCUAUAGACAAUAUAAACAACGCAAUGGAAUACAGGUGAAGAAUGAGACAGUCUAUAAUGAGGCUGGACGAGUCGUGUUAUUUAGGGGUACAAUUACAGGGAUGGAAUUUACAAAUGAACGAGCUAGAACCGGCCCAAUAUAUGGUAUGCGGAGCGAAAAGAAGUUGGAGACAUUCCAUGUAGCACCUGCAAAUGCUGGUGUCAAUGCAGGGGGCAGGUUUUUCUCCCCUAAAUGUUGUGAUCCAUGUUAUUAUGGGAAUGCUAUUCCCUCUACCUCCGAAUACAACAAAAAGGAGUGGCAUCAGGAAAGAAACAGAAAAGGCAUAUGUAAGGGAGGUAUACAGGGUAAGUUUGAUGUCACUUUUAAGGCCACAUUAAGUAAUAGAUCUGGUAUUGAUCGCAUUACCUCGUACACGGCCACGUACUACCAGGUACGAGAUGGAAAAAGAAAAAUUCUAGAAAAUAUCAGAAUGAAUGAGGAUGUAGGCUCAACAGGGAUUAAGAAAGCUAAACAAAUUCCCCCUUCAGGCUCGAGACCGCACACCAGAGCACACCCAUCUUCUGCAUGGUAUAUAACACAUAGUAACACUUGAUUUCAUUAUUAUUUUGUUUAAAUUUUAGUUGCGAUAUUGUGUAAUUCGUGAACAGCUAAAUGUACAUUAGAAACUUGUAUAAUUUAUUAUGACAGCAUCGUGAUCGAUGCACUCGUUUUUGUGACAAAACUGUGUUUUGACUUCCUGAUACAAUUAUAAUGUAUCUGUAUGGUAACGACUCAUAUGAUAACUAUAAUAUUAAGCAG